GCUUGUUGUGGAAUGAUAAUUAUGGAAAUAAUAGGAUGGGUUGAGUUGUGGUUGUGUUAAGUACAAGUUGGUUGUACAAACAUAAACUGAGGAUAAGCAAAACUAAAGUCAAACUGGAAAGACACAGUGGAACUUGAAUUACAGCUGACAAUGCUUAACAGAAUUAUUACAUGUUUUGUUUUAACUUUAGUUGCUACUGGUGCAGCUAUUUCUCGUCAUAUUUGCUCUAUUAAAACUUUUGACAACCAAAGAGGAGAAUUUGUCUCUCAAAACUAUCCUUCAAAGUCAACUACAAAAAUUCUUUGCCGACUUCGCUUCAAUACAAGUCUUUUAGGAAAUUUAAAAGUGUAUGAUUCAGGCUUUAAUAUCAGCAAAUUAAGACUGGAUAUUUGGUAUAUGAGAUCUAAAUGGCUCUUUUACACUGUCAUCCCAAAAGAUGAAAUUAUCCAUUUGCCAAAGUCAACUGCUUAUGACAUGCAUUUUCACAGUCCAAAAAUUUGGUUUUCAUUUUAUGAGAACAAUCAGAGGGAGCCAAGUAACAAAGUAUGGAAACCUUGUGACAAGAACACAACAGCAAACUGUGGGCACUUUGUAUCAAAAGGAAAUGCUGACGGUAACAACCCUGAUUUACAAGGCCUCAACAAAUGUCCACAUAAUUCAACCAAGCCAUCACAGCCAAAUUGUUUAAGAAAUGCUCCCAAACAAACAGCUAAAAACUCAGCAAUUAUCCUCAUUAGCAGUCUAAUUGGAGGCCUUUUUUUGAUAAUAGCUCUUAUCAUUGGAGUAAUAUGGAAGCGACACCAGAUAUCAAAACAUGGAACUGUACAGCGGAGACAAACACAUCCAUACAGUCAGCCAGAUAUGAGCAGUAUUUAUGUUAGCCCUAAUGCUAUAGUCAACUGUCAGCUUCCACAAGAAAACGAAGAGUCACACAUUUAUGAGAAAAUCACUACAAGCAUUUAUUAUGAUCCACAAGCUGCACUGAAAACCGUUGACAGCAAUGACAAACUAAUGUCUGGCUUCUAUUUUGAACCACAAACUAUAAUGAAGAACAUUAAUGGUAAUGACAAACUGUCUGGCCUUUACUGUGAACCACAAACUACAAUGAAAACCAUUAACAGCAGUGACAAACUGUCUGGCCUCUAUUGUGAACCACAGACUGUGAUGAAAAACAUCAACAGUAAUGACAAACUUACUUCUGGCCUUUAUUGGGAACCACAGACACUAAAGGAUGUUGAUAAGGAAAAUAGCACGCCUAUCUAUGUUAACAUCUUGUGAUUGUUUGUUGUCCUAAACAAUAUAUUUUAUCUGUAAUGUUCAGUAAUUUAUGAUAAAGUCAACACUAUAUAUCUUUGACAGAAAA